CGUGUGGCCAGCAGGAUUGUGGCUAAUCUUGGGUGAUGUGCUGUGGGACUUUGAAUCACAUCCCUCGACGUGCUGGGGACGGAACUACUGAGAAGGACCGAAAUAAACAGGAGACAUACUACAAUCUUGCCUUGAAAAUGUGGAAAUAAGAUGGCGCACGCAGGUGCUAUCCUUAGACCUUGAAGAUAAACCGAAAAAAAGCCAUCAUUGCAAGUGCUAUGGAUAGUGGCGCUACAUGGAUUAUGAAUGCGAAAACCAUCACCGUCUACACGACCUUAUUAUUUUUCUUUGGGAAGGCCGAAUACUUCAGAUGGCCGCAAUAUGGUGUACCUUCAUCGGCGAUUUAUUUGACACUGACAGGAGCUAACGAUCUGAACGGUCGGUCACAGUCGGAGCUGGUGAGACAACAAUUCUAUGCACAUCCAGCUAAGACAUACAUGGCUGGACUAGUAUACGGAGUAUGGAGUCCAAAAUAGCCCUUCCACAGAUGGGCACGGCCUGUGCAUGCAAUGUGAUGAGAUCAACUAGAAGCUGCGCUGUGACUGGCGUCCUUCGGGACUAGUGGGAGGUCCCGGGGCUUAGACAUUGCGGGGGUGGUUGAGGAGCUCGGACGGUGAUGAGAUUUUGCCUCUUCCCUGGAUGUGAUAAGAAAGACAUCGGGAGAGGCAGGCAUUCGGCCCAUAACGGCGGACGGAGACUGACUGAAAUUCAUCAUCCAACAAGAUGCCUCGUGCACGGUAGGAUUCAGUCUGUGUCACGCUCGGGACAAUGGCAUUAUGGUCAUCUAAUAUUUAGACGAAUACUCUUCAGCUAGAGCCAGAGUGCAACUGUACAUACACUUGGGCCUUUACGUUCCUUCCGAUGAUGCCAACGAGAGUAACAAGAAGCUCUAGACUUCGCGACAGGGAACUACUAUUUCCAGUUAGCCGGACGGGGAUGCCGUGCAACGCAACAAGCGGUCACGGGUAGAUCACAUGAUAGCGGAACUACUUGACUCUGGCUAUCGCGGCAAAACAUCGGCCCGUGAUCUGAUUUUCCGCCUUCUCCAAAAUCUUC